AUGACUUUAACGAAGUGGCUGCAUUUGCUAAGCUCGGAAGAUCACCGGCGUACCAUACCACCACGUCUUGAACAAAUCUGUACAGAUGUGGCUCCCUUAAAAUUACCGCGCCGUCAAUUGUGGAAGCAGAAAGCGUCGCCUGCACUUAUUAUUUUACAUGCCGGUUCUGGAACAUAA